ACGUUGAAUAGUCCACUCGCAAUUCGUCUUAAAGAAAAACAGUUUGAGAAAUGGCACCUCAAAUUCGCCCACUCACGCCGGAGCUGCAAAAAGCGGCUAACGAGCAGCUGAAAGAGGAUCCCACCCGUCUGGAGGCUGAUCUACAGGCCUUUAAGACCUGGAUUGAGCAGCAGCCGCAUUUGAAUCCGCGUAUGGACGAUCAGUUCCUCGUGGCUUUCCUUCGUGGGUGCAAGUUCAGCCUGGAGCGCGCGAAGUCGAAGCUGGACAAGUUCUAUACGCUGCGCACCAAGUAUCCGGAGUACUUCACCGUGACUAGCACGACGGAGGGCAAGUUCCGGGAAAUUCAUCAAACGGGGGCUAUCAUCUACCUACCAACUCCUCUGAAUGGUAAUGGACCCCGCAUUGCUAUGUGGCGCAUGGGCCUGUGUCCCGUAGAGAAGUAUCACAUGCUGGAGUGCAUGAUGGUGGCCCAGGCAAUGCAAGAGAUUGCCAUUUUUGAAGACGAUUACGCAAACGUCCAUGGUGUGGUCUUCAUUAUGGACAUGAAGGGAGCUACGGCGGCACACAUGUUUCAGAUGACGCCCUCGAUGGCCAAGAAGUUUACCGUCUUUUCGGAAGAGGCUCUGCCGCUGCGCCUGAAGGCCCAGCACUUUAUUAACACCAUUGCCGGCUUCGAGCAGCUCUUCAAUAUGUUCAAGCCCAUGAUGUCCAAGAAGAUGCAGUCCCGCCUCUAUGUCCAUGGCAACAAAAUGGAUCUGCUCACGGAGCAGAUUCCGUUGAAAUAUCUGCCCAAGGAGUAUGGAGGCGAGAAUGGAACAGUACCGGAAAUAGUCGCCGAUUGGGAGAAGAAGUUGGACGCGUACAGUGAUUUCUUUAAAGAAAACGCCAACUACGGCACAGAUGAGAGUCUGCGUCCGGGGAAGCCCAUCGAUUUCGAGGGACUCUUUGGCAUCGAGGGCUCAUUCAGGAAGCUCAAUGUUGAUUAGACUUCAUCCACUGUGUGCCUACAAUAUGAAUUUUGUUACUUUA